GCCCUUAUACCCGAUCCCAGGUUUGUAAGCGGCAGCGGCUGUACGGCACCCACGACAGCGGAUCGCUCGCUGCCCCCGGGGCUGCCGCCACGUAGCGGCGGCGGCCCUGGCGGCAGCGGCGGCGGGCCGCAACAGCCUGUUGUCGUACAUACCACUGCUACGACGACGGCUGGCGGUGGCGGCCCUCCUAGCUCGACUCCGUCGACGUUGCAACGGCCGCAACGAACUCGUACGGCGAACUCGUUGUACGGCAGUUGCGUUGUUGGGUACGACAUGGGGGCUUCUGGUCGACGAGCCUCUUCAGAAUUUGAUGCGGCCUUGCUAGCUCCCUCCUUGUCGACGGAAACCGAGCCGCCUCCUCACCUCCAACAGCAACACGAGGAACAUAUCCAGCUGCAGCGCCAACAACAACUGCAACAACAACAAUACCAGCAGCAGCUGCCACCGUCCCGAGCCGCGCCUGGGGGGCCUGGAGGCAGGGGUCGCCGUGCUUCGGAAACAAAUUCCAAGUCCUGCCGCUGCAAGAAGAGCCAGUGUCUGAAGCUCUACUGCGACUGCUUCGCGGCCGGGCAGUACUGCGGCGCCUGCUCCUGCGUGGCCUGCCACAACCGCCCGGAGCACGCGGACAGGGUGCAGCAGCGCCGGGAGGACAUCUCGGCGCGAGAUCCGCAGGCGUUCACUCGCAAGAUCCAACACAACGGCAAGCACAAGCGAGGCUGCAACUGCAGGCGCAGUCACUGCCUGAAGAAGUACUGCGAGUGCUACCAGGGCGGUGUGCGGUGCGGCAUCCAGUGCACCUGCCUGGAGUGCGAGAACAUGGACACGGCGGUGCUGGAGGCGCCCACGGG